AUGUGCUGCAGGCCCAUAAACGACCGUUUCCUCCUGAGGAUUAUGGAUGUGUCCUACCACGAGCACUGCGUACAGUGCUGUGCAUGUGGAGACCUCCUUCAUCACACCUGUUUCGUCAAGGACUCCAAGCUGUACUGUAGAAUAGACUAUGACAGACUCUUCAUCAAAAAAUGCCUGGGCUGCUCAGAAAGGGUAUCACCAGAAGAACUAGUAAUGCGAGCCAGUGACAACAUAUUCCACCUGCGGUGUUUCGUUUGUGUCGUAUGUGGAAUCCGCCUUCAGAAGGGCGAUCUUUACGUCAUUAAGCAAGGACAGCUUUUCUGCAGGAUAGACUACGAGAAAGAAGUAGAGAUGAUGCAGGGGUUUGGAUAUGGCGAAUUCAUUUGCGAUGACCUUCUACAAACUAGUCGAUCCCACGAUGGUCGUAGGGGUCCUAAGAGACCGCGGACGAUUCUGACGACCCAACAAAGAAGGGCCUUCAAAGCUUCUUUUGAGGUCAGCCCGAAACCUUGUCGAAAAGUUCGAGAAACCCUAGCCAAGGAUACGGGUUUAAGCGUCCGAAUAGUUCAGGUCUGGUUUCAAAACCAACGCGCUAAAAUGAAGAAGAUGCAAAAGAAAGCGAGGCAGGAUAACAAAGCGCCCAAGGAUCCGGAAAAUGAUGAGAAGAAAUUGAAUGUCAAAGAGGAGGAACAAAGUACCGACGCAGAGACUACCACCGACGAAACCAUACUCCAGAGUGCGAGCAAUCCACAUUUCUUGCACAUCAAAGAGGAACUUGAGAACGACAACCCCUUCUUCAAAAGCAAUAACCUGCCAAUGCACGCUUUUACAGGACUAGAAGUAAACAAAAGGCGGGAAGAAGGGUACAUGCGGAUAUCGUUUCCUACAAGUUUAGACUCCGGCCAACCGGGGAUGUUCUUGAACCCCCCCGUCGCCCACCAGAACCCCCCUCAGGCGGCGUCGGGACUCAACCCUAUCGAUCGCCUCUACUCCAUGCAGAACUCUUAUUUCUGCGGUGACGAGCAAAUGGAACCUUGA